AUGGAGGACAUUGAAGUGCGAUGGAAACAACUACGUCUCUUGGAGGAGGAGGAGGUGGUGCUUGAAAUCCCGUUCGGAGAGAAGGAAGAUGUUAAAAAGAAAGGUGAUCUUAGUCUUAUUGGGAAAGUCUGUAGCGAUCGAAGUGUGGGGAAGGAUAUUAUAUCGAAUGCUAUGGCUAAAAUUUGGAGAAUUAGUAAGAGGGCUAUUUUUCAAGAGGUAGAUAAGAACGUCUUUGUGUUGACGUUUGCAACACAUGCCGAUAAACAACGUAUUCUCGAUGGGCGUCCAUGGCUCUUUGACAAUGUGUUAUUUCCCUUACGUCCAUAUGAUGGCCUGCUACUCCCUGGGCAGAUCAAAUUUGAAAGUGAGAUUUUCUGGGUACAGCUCCAUGAUCUCCCAUUGGGUCUUAUGACAAGGGAGUGUGGUGAACGGAUUGGUGGCUCUGUGGGUAAGGUGAUAGCGGUGGAUGUGGCGGAUGAUGGAAUCGGGUGGGGAAGAUUUUUACGUGUGAAAAUUGAAAUAUCUCUUUAUAAACCUGUUGCUCGAGGAAGAUUUAUUAACCAUAAGGGUGAUAAAUUAUGGAUCUCAUUUCAAUACGAAAAAUUACCAAAGAUAUGUUUCAGGUGCGGGUGUAUUGCACAUAUUCAAACGGGGUGUUCUAUGGAUGCUACUGGACGGCAAGAUUCGUAUAUUAGUGAUGUCAUGCAGUUUGGUGCAUGGCUUCGUGUAGAUGGAGGGUUACGACGUCGAGUAUCUCCGUUAUCUUCUGACACUAGUUUUGUUGGGAAGGAGGGUGAGUCUCACAAGAAGGAUGCUGCAAGGGAAGGGUCGGUUGGUAGCUCUGAACAUGGCGGACAGCGGAAGGAGAUGGAGGUGGUAUAG